UUCCUGUCCAAAGAUUUUUAAAGGUCCGGGAUGCUUUUCCUGAAAUGAGUUUGGUGAUUAGAAAUCUGCAGCGACUCAUCCCCAUUAGGAGAGUGCCACUUCGCAAGAAGAUGGAAAUUGUAAGGAGUAUUUUAGGAGUGGAGAAAUUUGAUCUGGGGAUCAUCUGUGUUGACAACAAGAAUAUUCAGCACAUUAAUAGGAUCUACAGACAGAAAAAUGUUCCAACCGAUGUGCUUUCUUUUCCAUUUCAUGAGAAUCUGAAAGGAGGUGAAUUUCCGCAGCCUGAUGUUCCAGAUGACUAUAAUUUGGGAGACAUUUUUCUAGGAGUAGAGUAUAUCUUCCAGCAGUGCAAAGGAAGUGAAGAUUACUAUGACAUCCUGACUGUGACUGCCACCCAUGGACUCUGUCACCUGCUGGGCUUCACACAUGGCACAGAGGCUGAGUGGCAGAAGAUGUUCCAGAAGGAGAAACAGGUGCUAGAAGAGCUGAGCCGGCACACUGGGACCAGGCUGCAGCCCCUGAGCCAGGGCCUCUUCUGAUGCUGAGCAUAGGGGCAAGGGAGCAGUCAGGGCUUCAAGCGCCUCCCUACCUCCACCCCUGCAGGAUAGAGAGAACUGGAGGAGACAGAUGCCACCCAGCACAGCAGGUGGUGAGAUGAACCCUCACCUUUGGGCCCCAUGGAUCCAGGGCUCCAGGGCUCCCUCUAACUGGGAGUACUUCUGGUUGCUGCUGACUUGUGGGGCCUCAGAGGUGCCAGUCCAAGAAGAGGUUAAAUUCCAUCAGUGGAACUUGAUUUCUUGAAGUACAAGUGAAAUUUCGUUUAUUUCUUUGUUUAGAAAACAACAGGUUUUUUUUUCACUAUUGUAAAUAAAGUAGUUCUAACUUUUAGAAUUAAUAGAUAGAGCA